AUGAAGGCCGGGAAGAGCGGACACAGAGUUUACGUGGGAAAUAUCCCAGGCUCAAUGAACAAGCAGCAAAUAAUAAACGAAUUUGAACAAUUUGGUCGAAUAAAAGAAAUUGAAAUCAAAUAUAAUAGAAACAACAACGGAACAAAUUAUGCCUUCAUAGAAUACGAAGAUUACCAGAGUGCAGAAAAAACGGUUGAAACAAAAAACGGGCAAAACAUUAAUGGGUACAUAUUAAAGGUUGAAUAUAGUGUUGAUAAGAAAAAGAGGGAGGGGGAUUUUAUUAUUGGUACUGGAAGACAGGGAAUGUCACAAGGAUUCAUAAUGAACCUGCGGCUGCCAAAGAACAGAUCCCAUUAUCGAGUGGUCGUGAAAAAUUUCCCUAAGAAAAAAAUUCAAAUGGGUUAUGUUACAACCUUUUUAAUGAAGGCAGGCAAAGUUAUUUAUACACAAUUAAAUGGUGAAGUUACCAUCGCAGAAUAUGAUUGUAAGGAAGGGAUGCUACGGGCCGUUAAUACGUUGGAUCGAACUUUAUACAACCCUAGCAGGAAGCUAUACGUGCGGGUUAUUAAGGACUUGCCCUGUGAUGACUUGGAUAUGGGAUGGCGAAAGAAGUGGUACCCAAGGGAGCAACAAAUAAAUAUGAAUAAAAAUGGUCAGGAAGCGGGACUCCCGUACCUGUACCAGACCGCGUUAUAUGAUAAAGAAGGCGUUCCCGUUUUAAUGUUCAAAGUUUGA